AUGAUCAACUUCACCAAAGAAGAACUGAAUGCCUAUACUGGCAAUUUUGAAGUCUACUUAGGGGAGGGGAAAAACGGACGAGUCUACAGAGGACAUGUCCCUACCAAUAAUAAUCAUGAGUUGAACGAAAUGUUAAUUGCAGUAAAGCUCUCAAAGAAUCAUGAUUCAGACACAAUCACCCAAUUCGAGAAUGAAAUCGAAUGGCUGCCUCAGUUGAACCAUCCAAAUAUUGUUCAAAUGGUGGGGUUAUGCAGAUCCCCUGAAGGAAUCUAUAUCGUCUAUGAACUUGCGAAAGGCGGAGAUUUGCUCAGUAAAUUGGAAGAACUGGACUGGCAGCAAACACUGGACAUUAUUUUAGGACUAGCUGCAGCCAUAGAAUAUCUUCAUGACACGGGUCUAAGAAUUGGAGACCUAAAAGCUCCUAACUUACUUCUUGAUGAGUUACUCCUCCAUACCAUUCUUAUUAGUUACUAUGCAACUGUUUUGCAAGGUGUUCCAAGCCUAGAUGAUGACAUUUACGGCUUUGGAGUGAUAAUUCUGCAACUGCUGACCAAACAGAUUUUUCCUAUCGGAACACAUACUCAUAUUGCAGAGAAGACUGAGACAGAGUUUGCUCAAGGAGAUCCAGUAGUUCAUGAGAAGCUGAGGGUGAGUGGCUGUUCAAAAGAUGAUGCAAGUUUUGGUGACAAUUUGUUGAUUCCAAAUGUUGUCUUAACAGCUUCUUGCAUGGAUAUCUACAUUUUCAUUUGUGCUGAUGGUUUUGAAAAUUUAGAUAGAGCAGGAAAUGCAGAAAUGCUUCUUGACAUGCAGGUUUUUGGUGCUAAUCCUGACAAUAGAGUUUUCAGUGUGCUAACGAAAACUACAAGGGAACUGGAAAAUAUGUCAUGGUCCAAACCUUUUUUCCAUUUCUUGUAUGUUAUUUCAGUAUCAAUUCAAAUUCUUAGACGUGAACCAGGUGGCCCCUGA